AUGUGUGAGGCCAAAGUGGAGCCCGACGUCAUCAGCUACGGCGCUGGGAUCAUUGCAUGCGAGAAAGGAAGACAGUGGCAGCAGGGCGUGUCGCUGAUCCGCGAGAUGUGGAAGGCGAAGUUGGGGACCCAGGUAAUCAGUUACAAUGCUGGGAUCGAUGUUGUGCCAGAACAGUACGCGGCCAUCCGUGCGUGCGAGGUGUGGGGUCAGUGGGCAAAGGCACUGGACCUGCUCGACUCGAUGCUAGGAGCCCGCGUGGAACCUACCGCUGCCAAUAACCCAGACGCUGGCCGAUACUUGCACGUCUUCCAGGCAGGUGGCCCCAUGGACGUCUUCAAGCACGUCGUUCUCGUGGCGCUGUUGCAGCAGAUGACGGCGGUCGCAGAUCCAUUCGCCUUCGUUGACGCGCAUGCAGGUGCUGGGGUCUACGACCUGAGUUCCGAGGAGUCGCUCCGAUACCGGAGGUUUGAGGAGGGCGUGCUCCGGCUGUCGCACGCUGCCGACCGUUCUGGCAUCGGUCUGGUUGCAGACUACCUGGAUGUGGUGUGGAGGUGCAACCAGGCCUUGGGCGCCUCUCCGUGCGCUCUGAGCCUCUACCCGGGGUCGCCCGCGCUGGCGUGCCAGUGGCUGAGGCCACAGGACUCCGCCGUGUUCUUCGAGGCCGCCGCCGAUGCCUACGAGUGCCUCAGGCGCAGAGUUGCCCUGCUGGGUCGGGGCGCGGGUCGCCGCUUCGCGCUGCUGCGGGACGACUCCUACCUGCGGCUCGCCCUUGGGCCCCCGCCCUGGCCCGGCGGGCGGCAGCUGGUCCUGAUCGACCCGCCGUAUGACUCCGUCCGGUCCCACGCGACGUGGAAUGUGUACGUCGUCAGGCGCCUGCUGCAGAGGUCGCCCUCCGCGUGCGUGGCUCUGUGGUGCCCGCUGGUGGGCGAGGAGCAGGUCGCGAGCCUGCGCGGCCGGGUGCGGAGCGUCACCGCGUGCAGCGUGCUGGUGGCCGAGAUGCGGCUCGAGCGUGCGCUCUCGCGCGGGGCGGCCCUGCAGGGAUCGGGGAUGCUGGUCGUGAACCCGCCCCCCGCCGUCCACGCGCAGCUUCUUGCCGCGCUGCCGGGACUCGGCGGGGCGCUGCGGGCCCCCGGCUACCGCGUGUUGUGGCUGUGA